AUGUUUGAGGAGCCCUUCUCGCUCCUUCAGCUCUUGACGUCGGCGCUGGUGUUGCUCAUCUCCGCGUCGUACAUAUUCAUCAUCACAUCAUGCCAUCGAUAUUUGCCGUUGGAAAAUACCCCGACAAAUAUACUCUUUGUCACCGCCCAUCCUGAUGACGAGACAAUGUUCUUCGCCCCGACAAUCACAUCAUUGGCAAAACAAGGGCAUCGUCUAUUCCUGCUCUGUGUCUCCAAUGGCGGCUUCUACGGCCAGGGCCAGACCAGAGUGCGGGAGAUCAAGAACGCCGUCGAAUACUUGGGCAUCAACCAGUCGGAUUUAACAGUGCUCGACUAUGACAGUUUCAAGGAUGGCCACGCGUGGGAUCACCUCGAGUUACGGGAGAUUAUUCUGCGCCACGUCAAGAUUCUCAGGGCCGACGUCGUGAUCACGUUCGAUGAAGCUGGCGUUUCCGGCCAUACCAAUCACAUUUCCAUCUUUGAAGCCCUUCAAGAACUGUACACACGCAGCGAACUGCCCACAAAUACUCAGGUUUUUUGCCUGGACACCGUCAAUGUCUUAAGAAAGUAUUCGUGGGCAUGGGAUGCACCGCUUUCACUUCUACGCUCCCCAUAUCGCUUUUUCGCGACCCCAAGAACCUUUUUCGCUGCCCUGGCGGCAAUGCGACAACACAAAUCUCAGCUUCUGUGGUUCCGUUACCUCUACGUAGCAUUCAGCCGUUAUAUGGUUAUCAACACUUAUCGCCGAAUUUCGCCUAUCACACGUCUGCCAAAGCCCGGACGAUCACGACUCCAUCGGGAAGAAUCGAAAACCAAAGGAUCACGCGAUCUCUCCUUU